CCUAUUCAACUGUGAUCCAGCCCCUCGUACCCGUGACUUUAUCGGGCUGUCUUUUCUCCACUGUCCGCUCCUGCAGCCGACUCUCUGACUUUAAAUCAGCUCAUCAGCCUCAACAGUCAUCACGAAAUCACAAUCCUUAAAAACCUGACCUCUGCGAAUACCUGCUUAUCAUCCAUCAAGCUCUUUAAUUUCGCCCAUCAUCACGGGCUCAGUGAAGUCACUUAGUGUUGUCUCCGCAGCUAUCUCCUCCCCCGCCUGUAACUCCACUCACUUCCACCGCAAGGAACAUCCACGGCAGACGGUGCAUCUUAGCUGGAUCUCCAUACUCUUACCCUUUUCUCCAAACUGACACCGUCCGUAUUACCCGUAUAGCUCUUGUGCAGCUCACACUCCAGGAAACAUAAGGGUCUUUCCUGACCAGUAGCGCUCGGAAAGGCCGGCAGGAACAACAGAACAAGAUGGGUCUAUCUUAUAACGUUUACCUUACAUCUGCCAAAAUCUUCGGGUGCAAGCAAUGCAAAACGCAUUUGGCCGAUUAUGACGACAUCAUCAGUCGAAAUUUCCGGGGUCAGCAUGGCAAAGCGUACCUAUUCAAUAACGUUGUCAACAUCAACACGUCGGAUGCUGUGGAGCGUAGCAUGACCACCGGAAGACACAUCGUUCGCGACAUCUCAUGCAGGCAAUGCAAAGAAACGGUAGGAUGGAAGUACGACAAGGCGUACGAGAGCAGCGAGAAGUACAAAGAAGGGAAAUUCAUCUUGGAGGAGGAACUCCUGUGCGUGGUGUGCUAGGGACGGUCUUAGGCGUGGCCAUGCUCCAAGCAUAUCAGCAGGCACAUCAUCAGGGCAACGGGUUUCCUCCUGAGCACGGCUAGUACGGCUAUGCUUGCGGAAUGGACGUUACCAAGAGCAUCUUUUUGACAUGGCGCGGAGUGAAUGGCGUUAUCAGGGCGUUAUCGGUCUUCCGGUUUGGUUCAGAAUGGGAAUUUUGCCAUCUAUGCAGCACUACAGAUUUCACUGAGGCAAGGUUGAACCCCGGCGGUUAAAUUUGGAUGUCUUAUACAUUUUACGCAUGCUUAUCUUCAUAGCUUUUAGGCUUUGAGAGUCAGAUCUGUUGAUUCCUUUUGCUGUGGUUUUCGUCAGAUAGUUAGGCAGUUCAUCUCAAUCCAUUCACUUUUCCAAC